CAUUGGAUAAGCGUUCUUCAACUACUUUUGCCCGGCUUCGUCCACACCGAAUGAGUCAGCAAUAACUGGUCCUCGACACUACAACGCUCCUCGAACAAUUGGCAAUGAAUCCUACGGCAACUAGCACUGUUUACGGCGGUCAAUGGCUGGCUGGUCUCCUAGUGGCCCACUACGUCGUUCUCUCUAUCUCGAUAUUGGGGCUCUCAGCAACCAGCAGAACACGUUAUGCCAGCGUAUUCUUGCUAGGCGUCAUUACCUUCAACAUUCAGAAAACAUUCGUGGAAUUGUCCCAGUCUCCCUACUCGUCUGCUACCGUCGUGCCUUUCCUUUCGCAACAGCUCAUGAGCAGUUCGGAACUUAUAAUUAUUUCCCGAGCCGUUGGGACCGACUUCUAUUCCGGAAACUCUUCAUUUUCACUAGCCAUCAGGGUUUUGCGCAUCUCUCUCACGGUGUGGAAUCUGCGACGGAUCGGGACGAAAUGGCUGAUCCGGAUCAUACCGCCGUACAGCAUGCCUCGGUCUCGCAUUGCCUACGCCGUUAGAACGCUAGGGCAGACAGCUUUUGCCUAUUUUCUAAUGGACCUUAUCAUAUACCUACAGCCUGACAAUCCUGUCUUUUACUCUGUUCCGAAACAAACCUUGGGUCUCGAUAUUCUGGAGCUCUCAUGGCAAGACCUCGGCGUUCGGUUAACUUCGACUGUGUUCUUUUACGCCACCAUCUACUGCGUUUUGGUGCUCCAGUAUAACCUUGUGUCAUUGCCAGUCGUCUUGACGGGGUUGAGUAGCCCGAGUUCCUGGCCGCCUUUAUUUGGCUCGCCUUUGGAUGCCUAUUCGCUGCGCCGAUUCUGGGGUCUCUACUGGCAUCAGACUCUGCGGAAAUGGUUGACGGGUCACGCCGAUGCCAUCUCCGACAAACUCCUCGGCAUCCCUCGAGGUACCAAGAUGUCUGUUUACACUCGGCUAUCGCUCACCUUCUUGCUCUCUGGCAUAUUCCAUGUCACCUCGGACUUGGGCAUGGGAAUUCCAUCCUCAGAAGCCGGUUCAUUUACGACUUUUCUUCUUCAGCCUGUUGGCAUCAUGAUGGAGGAUCUGUUCCUCGGAACCUUGGGUAAGGUAAUCUUGUUGCCAAAGGUUGUCAAGAGGCUUUUGGGCUUCUUAUGGGUUUUGGCCUUUCUAUCUUACUCAACUCCCACAUGGUUCUAUGCGCAACAGCGGCUGGCAGGAAAUUCAGGAGAUUUGCUGCCAUUCCGCGUAGCCCCAAAAAUGAUAUCUUACGCUACGGGGAAUUUCUCAAGCUAGAAUGCAUACUUGGCAUGGUCUAUCUAUAUAUACUCGUAGAAUGUACAAUAAUUGUCACGUAACAAAAUAAUACUGUUGUUACGUAGGCAGUAAUAGUAGC